AUUAAGAGGGGAAAGUCAUGCAAAAGAAGGAUUCGUCGUCACAUUCAGUCACAUCAGUAUUGUUGAACAAUAGCCAACAACUAAGUCCUAACAGCAACUGGAGAAGCGCUUACACGCGAUCAGUACUGUUAAAGCUAUCGAUACGUGAGGCUAUCAGACGACAGUCCAAUAUAAUCAGCAAUAGACAGUUGUCGUCGUUUCCAUCAUCAACACUACCACCACUACUACUACUACGACCAUCACCACCGCCACCAGUGAUAAUGUCUUCAGCAUUGCACCAAUACUCUACCAUUAGGAGUGUCCAUAAUGUAUGGGACAGGAGUUCCAACAUUACUAACUCAUUAUCAUCGCUGCCAGCACUGGACAUAGGCCUGGACUUGAAGCCUGUCUUAUGUGAAGUCGAGUUUGAAGUUUUUGGUGACAUUUCUGGUACAUUUUUCACACGGUACGCCAAAGAAAUGUCGCAAAAGUUAACGCUAAAAGGCUGGAUACGGGUGUCGCCCAGGGGUUCAAUCUAUGGCCAGAUUCAGGGCGAGAAAAACAAUGUCGACGAGAUGGCUCUAUGGCUACGAUUGCAGGGAAGUCCUGGUUGUCGUAUCGAGUCGUGUCAGUUCAAGAACUGGAAGGUCAUCGACAGCUGCGACUUCAGAAACUUUUCCGUCAGAUAUUAA